UCCGCCGAUGGCCGCGGGGCCCGGGGCGCUGCCGGUGCCGCUGCUGGUGGCGGCGGCCCGGGAGGCGCUGGGGCCCGGUUCGGGGCCGGGGCGGAGGCGGCGGCUGCCCGCGGCCCGAGCGCUGCACGCCGCCGGGGAGGUGCUGGCGGUGGCGGCCGGGCUGAAGCCGGCGCUGCUGUGGGACUGCGGGGCCGCGGGCCCGGCCGAGCUGCGGCGGUACCUGGGCAGGCUGCGGGAGGCCGGGCUGGCCCCGGGCCGGCUCCACGUGCUGGGCAUGGGCGGCUCGGCUCUGGUGCUGCGGCCGGGGCCGGCCCGGGGCCGGCUCCGGGCCGUGCUGGGCUCCCGGCCCGCGCCGCUCGUGGAGGUGUCGGCGGGGCGGCCGCGGGGCCCGGCGCUCUGCGCCCCGGCCGAGGCCCGGCCCGUGCUCGGCCACCUCGCCGCUCUCCUGGGCCACCUGCGGGACGCCGAGGCCGCCGGCUCCGAGCCGGUGACCGCCAGCGAGGUUGCCCCCGGCGACUGGAACCUGUGCACCGUGGCUGGAGUGCUGCUGGGCUACCCCGCCGUGUACACGUUCGCCGAGGGCGCCGAGAACUGCCUGGCGCUGACCCCGCUGCGGGUGUUCACGGCCCGGGCCUCCUGCCCCCGCAUAAAGGAUGGGUUCAGGGUCCAGAUCUACUCGUUCAGCGUCCCGGAGAGCCUCUGUCCGGAGCUCAGGGACGUGCUGGAUGCCUGGUGCCGGGAGCUCAAGGAGGCUUUCAGUGCUCAGACUGAUUUUGUAGAUCUCUGCAUUUCGAGCGAGGUUGUGUCUCUUCCAGCGGUUGCCUUGUAACACGUGAGCGUACUCUUGACUUUUUAGCCUUCCUCGCUGCGUCAGGGACCAAGGCAGAAGAUCCAUUUCCCUCUGUGUGUUGUCCCCUGCAUCUCUCGUAGUCCUGGGGCACUGAAGGCUGAAUUGUGACAGUCACUGCAGGCCGGUGGCAAACCCAAAUAUAUGUUCUUUAAAAACAUGAGUGUGCGGACACGUGUGCUCCCAGCUGCUCUGCUGCCUCAGUUCUGGCUGCCUGCACAUCACACCCUGCAAAGUCAGUGUGGAAUUAUUUGCAGUGGGCAGCU